GGGCCAGCGCUGGAGACUGACCGGCGCCUAGGCACGCCACUGCGCAAGCGCGGGGGUGGGCGGAAGACUGCAAUGCGCGUGCGUUGGUUUAGACAACUGGGACGGCGCGUGCGUACAUCGCGCUCGUUCAUUCUACCGAGCAUGCGCAACAUUGGGCUGAGUGCACGUGAUUACGCAUGCGCGUUUGCCCCCCCCGCCCUUUGGCUUACGAUGCGCAUGCGCAGCGCCGGGUGUUUGUUAAACCAGGCGGUGCUACAGGACUUUUCCUAGCCCCGCCCCUCCCCUGUUGCGCAUGCGGUUCGCUCCUCCCAGACGGACCGGGGCGUCUACGCGCAUGCGCGGACCUUCCCGGCGCUCAGUGCGCAUGCUCGGUGCCAGCUCCCCGUUAAAGGGCCAGCGCCGCUAUUUCCCUGCCGGGGCGGGGGCGCAGCCAUGUGGCUCCCCCUGCUGGGGCUGCUGCUGCUCGGGGCGCUGGGGCAGGGGGCGGGGCAGGAGGAGGAGGACGAGAGGCGGCCCACCCCCUGCGAAGUGUGCAAGUACCUGAGCCUGGAGCUGCAGGAGACUCUGGCACAGAGCGGCCGCUCCAAGGAGGUGCUGGAGCUGGGGCAGGUGCUGGACUCUGGCAAGCGGAAGAGACGCAUCCAGUACAACACCUCGGAAACCCGGCUGGCCGAGGCCCUAGAAACCGUGUGUGAGCGAUUCCUGCAUUACAGCGUCCAUGCCGAGCGCCCGGGCAGCCUGCGCUAUGCCAAGGGUCAGAGCCAGACCAUGAACACCCUGAAGAACCUGGCGAACAAGGGGGUGAAGGUGGAUCUGGGGAUCCCCCUGGAGCUCUGGGACGAGCCAUCGGUGGAGGUGACGCAGCUGAAGCAGCAGUGCGAGACGAUGCUGGAGCAGUUCGAGGCCGUGCUGGAGGACUGGUACUUCCACCACCAGGAGACGGCGCUGGGCGCCUUCCUGUGCGAAGGGCACGUGCUGGCGGCCGGGGAGAGAGGGCGUCUAAACGAGGUCUUUCUCCAUGUAAGAAGACGAAAGGCAGUCAGCUGUCACAGUCCUGACGAUAACUGCCCCUGUGACUGA